GACCCAGGCUGAUGGGGCCAGGAGGUCUCCUCAAGGCAGCUUCGCAUUCCCAGGCUUAGCCACAGAGAUCCCCAGCAGAGGUGGGGCCUUACAGUGUACGGCAGCUUCCAGGGCUGCAAGGGAGCAUGGCAAUGAGUGAGCAGGCCCAGCCCCAGAGGAUGACGAUGAGGCUCAGCACCCAGGCGGGCCGGAAGUGAUGGUGACCCAUCCUGGUGUAGAAUGACUGCCCUUGGAGGGCAGCUCCCCAGGCCCUGGCAGGGCUGCUGACCCUCAAUCCACAGAACGCAAAGAGCAGGACUCCAGACUCUUCUUGUGGAUGGUUCCCGGCCCUGCGGCUCCACCAUGAGGCUCCUGGUGGCCCCCGUCCUGCUAGCUUGGGUGGCUGGUGCCAUUGCUGCUGUACCCGUGGUGCCCUGGCGUGUGGCCUGCCCUCCUCAGUGUGCCUGCCAGAUCCGGCCUUGGUAUACACCCCGCUCGUCCUACCGCGAGGCCACCACCGUGGACUGCAAUGACCUGUUCCUGACGGCGGUGCCACCAGCACUCCCUGCGGGCACUCAGACCCUACUACUGCAGAGCAAUAGCAUCGUCCGAGUGGACCAGAGUGAGCUCGGCUACCUGGCCAAUCUCACUGAGCUGGACCUGUCCCAGAACAGCUUUUCAGAUGCCCGAGACUGCGACUUCCACGCCCUGCCCCAGCUGCUGAGCCUGCACCUGGAGGAGAACCAGCUGACCCGGCUGGAGGACCACAGCUUCGCGGGGCUGGCCAGCCUGCAGGAGCUCUAUCUCAACCACAACCAGCUCUACCGCAUCGCCCCCAGGGCCUUCGCCGGCCUCGGCAACCUGCUGCGGCUGCACCUCAACUCCAAUCUGCUGAGGGCCAUUGACAGCCGCUGGUUUGAGAUGCUGCCCAACCUGGAGAUCCUCAUGAUAGGUGGCAACAAGCUGGACGCCAUCCUGGACAUGAACUUCCGGCCCCUGGCUAACCUGCGCAGCCUGGUGCUGGCGGGCAUGAGCCUGCGAGAGAUCUCUGACUACGCUCUGGAGGGGCUGCAGAGCCUCGAGAGCCUCUCCUUCUAUGACAACCAGCUGGCUAGAGUGCCCAGGCGGGCGCUGGAGCAGGUGCCGGGGCUCAAGUUCCUGGACCUGAACAAGAACCCACUCCAGCGGGUGGGGCCAGGGGACUUUGCCAACAUGCUGCACCUCAAGGAGCUGGGGCUGAACAGCAUGGAGGAGCUGGUCUCCAUCGACAAGUUCGCCCUGGUCAACCUGCCCGAGCUGACCAAGCUGGACAUCACCAACAACCCCCGGCUGUCCUUCAUCCACCCCCGCGCCUUCCACCACCUGCCCCAGGUGGAGACCCUCAUGCUCAACAACAACGCUCUCAGUGCCUUGCACCAGCAGACGGUGGAGUCCCUGCCCAACCUGCAGGAGGUGGGGCUCCACGGCAACCCCAUCCGCUGCGACUGUGUCAUCCGCUGGGCCAACGCCACAGGCACCCGGGUCCGCUUCAUCGAGCCCCAGUCCACCCUGUGUGCGGAACCGCCAGACCUCCAGCGCCGACCAGUCCGCGAGGUGCCCUUCCGGGAGAUGACGGACCACUGCCUGCCCCUCAUCUCCCCACGCAGCUUCCCCCCGAGCCUGCAGGUGGCCAGCGGAGAAAGCAUGGUGCUGCACUGCCGAGCACUGGCUGAACCCGAACCCGAGAUCUACUGGGUCACCCCCGCUGGGCUUCGACUGACGCCAGCCCGGGCAGGCAGGAGGUACCGAGUGUACCCUGAGGGGACCCUGGAGCUGCGGAGAGUCACGGCGGAAGAGGCAGGACUGUACACCUGCGUGGCCCAAAACCUGGUGGGGGCUGACACGAAGACAGUUAGUGUGGUCGUUGGCCGUGCUCCUCACCAGUCAGGCAGGGAUGAGGAGCGGGACCUGGAGCUCCAGGUGCAGGAGACUCACCCCUACCACAUCCUGCUGUCUUGGGUCCCUCCACCCAACACCAUCUCCACCAACCUCACGUGGUCCAGCGCCUCCUCCCUUCGGGGCCAGGGACCCACUGGUGUGGCCCGCCUGCCCCAGGGCACCCACAGCUACAACAUCACCCGCCUCCUGCAGGCCACAGAGUACUGGGCCUGCCUGCAAGUGGCCUUUGCUGAUGCCCACACCCAGUUGGCUUGUGUAUGGGCCAGGACUAAAGAGGCUACUCCUUGCCACAGAGCCCUGGGGGACCGGCCUGGGCUCAUAGCCAUCCUGGCUCUGGCUGUCCUUCUGCUAGCAGCCGGGCUGGCCGCCGGGCUGGGUGCCCAGCUUGGCACAGGCCAGCCCAGGCAGGGAGUGGUCGGGCGGCCUCUCCUGCCAGCUUGGGCGUUCUGGGGCUGGAGUGCCCCCUCUUUCCGGGUGGUGUCUGCACCCCUGGUCCUGCCCUGGAAUCCAGGGAGGAAGCUGUCCAGAUCUUCAGGAGGGGAGACGCCAUGGUCACCUUUGUCUCAGAAUUCUUGAAGCUCGGCCUGCUCUCAGCAGCAGAGAAAGAACGAGGACUACUUUUCACCAAAAGGGAAGCAAUCUGGGCCAGAUGCCCCGCCAGGAGAGUGACACGGACCCAUGUGCUCGAGGUCUGGCAGCUGGACCUAGACAGAUGGGGCUUUAUAGCCCCAGGGGGUGCUCCCACGACCUCCAAAAAGCCGUCCUUACCUUCUGGAGCUCCUCUGCAGCCAUUCUGAGGAACGUCUCCAAGGACCAGGAAGGACUCUGGCUAGAGCCUGCCCCUCCCUCUUUUCCCAUGUGCCCAGAGGCCCUGGGCCUCCGCUUGGCUGUCCCCUGCCCAUGGCCCCAGGCCGUGGCCCACAGGAUGCAUCCCCUUCCUCUUCUCUUUCUUUGUACAGUCUCAGUUGCUCACUCUGUCUCUUCCUGGGCAGGGCUGAAGGAGACCUCUCCUUCCUAUCUCGGGGACUACUCUCCCAGGGGAAGUGGCCCUCCUGGAUCUGAAGGACACUGUGGGGAGGGCUGCCCAGGAAGGCCUCACCCUGGCACCCAGGCUUGGCUCUCUGAAGCUGACUUUCUAUAGGCAAUUUUGUACCUUUGUGGAGAAAUGUGUCACCUCCCCCAACCCAAUUCAUUCUUUUCUCCUGUUUUGUAAAAAAUAAAAAUAAACAACAACAAUAACAAUAAUAAUAAGGGGGGGA